AUGGGCAUCCCGCUCUACAACGUCCCGGACAUCCGAAGGUUCUACGGCAUGGACCCAGCGGUCUGCUCCAAGAUCGACUUCUUCGCCGUGGACUACCCGCCGAUCACUUCGCACUGCUGCGCCUCGCGCAUCACCGCCGAGAACCCGGACGAGGGGUUCAAGCCCACCAGUGGCAAGAUCAACAGUGUUCGCUUCCAGUCAGCCGGCGACUGCUGGGGCUCCCCAGCCGCGUUCUUUUUUGCGAAGUCUCCAGUCCCCAGCCUCCGGGUUUAG